AUGGCCGCAGAGAGUGCCGCUCAGGAGGAUGUCACAAGCCGAGUUGCAGACUCUACCGAGAUGGAGGAACGCCUUCAGCUGAAGGGGGAGGCCAUGACAGUUGAUGUGGAGACUCCAUUGCCUGCUGGACAGGAAGAAGCUGCGAUCCGUUGCAGAGAUGUGUGUCGAUCCUAUGGAAAACUCAAGGUUCUGAGCAAUCUCAACCUGACUGUGCCACAAGGACAGAUAUAUGGUUUGUUAGGCCCCAGUGGUUGUGGGAAGACUACACUGCUGAAAUGCAUUGUGGGUACUCUAAAAAUAUCACGAGGUCAAAUUAUUGUGUUGGGAAAGCCACCUGCAUUUCCUGGCCAUGAAGUGCCGGGGAGAAUGGUUGGAUACAUGCCACAGGAGCUGGCGUUGUACAAUGAGUUUACCAUCAGCGACACUCUGACGUUUUUCGGACGUCUUCACGGUCUGACCCGAAAAGAAACACAGGCUCGCAUGAACUUUCUCAUUGACUUCCUCGAUCUACCUCAGAAGAACUGCCUUGUUCGAAAUCUCAGCGGAGGUCAGAGGCGCAGAGUUUCUUUGGGAGCUGCUCUGCUUCAAAACCCUGAACUGCUCAUAUUGGAUGAACCCACAGUUGGAGUUGACCCUGUGUUAAGGACCAAAAUUUGGCAACAUCUGGUGGAAAUUGUGAAGACAGCGAAGGUCUCCGUCAUUAUCACCACUCACUACAUCGAGGAGGCCAGACAAGCCAAUGUGGUUGGUCUGAUGAGAAAUGGCCAUCUGCUGGCUGAAGGUCCUCCAGAUAAAGUCAUGAAGCUACAUGGCACAGCAACUUUGGAGUGCACCUUUUUAAAGCUUUGUCAGUCAUCAGACCAGACUGCCACUAAUGAGAGCCCCAGCCCGCUGGACGGAGUGCUGGAGAAGAGCCAGUCCUUUGAGAGCAACGAAAGUCGGCCUUUUCUUGGUGUGAACUCACCUCCAGACGACAUUCCCAAAUUUACAGCGGACUGGAAGGUGCGAGCCAGACAUGUGUUACCGAAGUGUAGAAACAUUGCUGCCCUGACUAUCAAAACACUGGUGCGAUUUAAGAGGACCCCGGGAUCCCUGUGUUUCCAGUUCCUGUUGCCUGUCAUCCAGAUCACUCUGAUUUGUCUUUGUAUUGGAGGGGAUCCUCAGGGAAUCCAGGUUGCUGUGGUCAAUAACGAAACAUACCCCUCCUCAUAUAGCCACUCUCUGCUCUCCUCCAUAGACAACUACAGUAUCCACCAGGUGCACCUAUCACAUUCAGAUGCUUUUGAAGGGAUUACUAAUGGAGAAUACUGGGGAGUCAUCGGAUUUGGACAGAAUUUCACCAGCUACUUGACAAAAAGAGCCUUGCAGCGUCACGUAUCCAGAGAAGUGGUUGAUGGAGGAUCUGUGCACGUCUGGCUGGACUACACGAAUCGUCAAAUUGCCCUUAUGCUGCAGAAGAAACUACAUGACGCUUUUCAGGCUUUUACUGAGAGCAAGUUGGGAAGUCUGUCUUAUCAAGUUGCCCUGCCUGUGAAGUUUGAAGAGCCAAUCUAUGGGAGCCAAAAUACAGAUUUCACCACCUAUGUGACUCCCGGUGCUGUUCUCAGUAUCACUUUCUAUCUCGCUGUGGGUCUGACCGCUCUUUCCUUCGUCCUGGAGAGAAAGGAAGGCCUGCUGGACAGAUGCUGGGUGGCAGGUGUGAGUUCUUUGGAGACGAUGCUGGCUCACCUUUGCUCUCAACUCUUUGUCAUCAGUAUUCAAAUCUUUAUGCUGCUCAUCUUCGUGAUGCAUGUGUUUAAGAUGCCAAAUGAAGGCUCGUUGGUUCUCAUCAUCAUACUCAUCGUGCUGCAGGGAGUGACUGGCAUCUCCUUUGGUCUGGUAAUCUCGUCUGCCAUCGAUGACGAGCAAAGUGCUAAUCAGGCGGCACUGGGCAUCUUCUACCCAAACCUCAUGAUCAGUGGUGUUAUUUGGCCGGUCGAGUGUAUUCCUUAUCCUCUCCGCUACCUCAGCAUGGCCCUGCCUCAGACCUUUGCUGCAGAGUCCCUUCGUUGUAUCAUGUACAGAGGUUGGGGUCUGAGCCAGAUGCUGGUAUGGCGUGGGUUCGCGGUCACUCUCGGCUGGAACACUUUCUUUCUCGUUCUGGCCACUGUCAUUCUGAAGCUAAGGACUUGACCGCCUACUCUCUGUGAAUGUUACUCAUUUUGUGGGACAGGUGAGGCCCGUGCUUACAAACCAACUGGGGUAUUGGCUGUGAGCAAACUGAUUCACAGAGAAGAAGAAACGCAGCGUUGUCAUCCCACUUGCCUAUAGCCAGUUGCCUGUUUUAAGUGCACUACAUGUUUGAAGUGCUGUUCAUCUGAAUGCAGAAACAGAACAUAUACUGUAAUGUUGUACUGGAUAUAAAAAGACGUAUAUAUUUACUAUCAUACUGUGCACAUUAGCCCCUUACUUCUCUAAGAACAGAUCAUGCACAAAACUCAGGUUAUAGUUUUUUCUUAUAGUCUUAGCGCUAACAAAAGAUAGAAGUAACUCAUACAAAAUUAAUUGGAGACGCUGAUGCCCCGCUUUUGACUUGCUGCCUAUUUCAUCUGACUCUUGUAUCCUGUGUUGUCUGUGCAUGACAGGAAGUGGAACAUGUGUCACAUCUUCUUAACAUUGACAGGUGCUCAGCCGUGAACCGGUUGACCUUUGAAGUUCAGUUUUAGUGCCUGCAUUUACUGUAGAAACCAAAUACUGAUACCAAGAUGGAUGGGUUUGUCGAACAUUCUACUCCUCUAUGCUGAAUCCAAUGAAGGCUGUGGAUGUGGAGACUUUAUUUUACACUUUUAAAUGUCUGGAUUGACUUGUAAAAAGGGAAAAACAUUUAUAAUUAUGAAGACUGGUCUAAAUAUUUUGUAAGUUUUAAUGAUGCGUUUAAUUGUGUUUUUGCUGGCGUUAUUCAUGAUCAAAUAGUUCCAUGGAUAGCUUAUUCUUUUUGUCUUUUGUUAAUUAAUCUCGCAGAUGUUUGUGCCAACACUAAGAAAGAAACGUUUACUUCUUGCAUUCACUGUAUGUUUUCUGAAAUCACAAUGCUGGCCAUAAAGGAUGAAAAUGUACAUGAGCACAUUAUGCUAUGUGAUAAUCUAAAUGUAUUUAUGCACUGUUAAAUAGCUUACUCUUGUCAAUGUCUGCUGACCAGGCCUCCUGUUUCUGUUUGUGAAAAGAACCUUAGAAGGACACGGCUGUCAGUGUUCAGUUAUCCAAGUGCUUUUGAAAAUGUAACGUAUAUAGCUUACAUUAAACCAGCACAUUACAUUUAACAUUUAAGUUAUACAAAUGUUUGCUGUGAAUUUUAAAAUUGUAUUCGCAAGAGUAUUUAACAGAAACUUUGACUUGUGUUGGGUUAAUACGUCCUGCACUGAGGAUUUAAACAUGAAUUCCUUGUUAUGAAUAUUGUUCUGCCUACUGAAAAUCAGUACAUUUUGUUUACAGAUGCCUUAAAAAUAUAUUAAAACAAGCUUGGGCUAAACGUUAGACGCUUUUAUCCCCCAUGGUUUAUUUUAGAGAGAUUCCUGUAUUAUGUAAAUCAUCGCCUUGUUUCACUAAAAGGAUAAUUUGAGUUGUUUACACUUUUUUUCCUCUUUCUUUUCUGUUUUAUAAUUGUAGCUUACUGAUUAUUUGUAAAGUUAGACAUUAUAAAGGCACCAUUCUCAGUCAUCUACCUCCUGUGUUUCUCCCUAAAGGGCAUGUAACCAGUGGACACUUUAAUGUUAUGACACAUUCUUGGAUUUUGAAACAAUAAACUUUGUUGAG